AUUCUUCUAACAGCAUUGUCAAGUCCGCUCUUCCUGCAAAAGGAUUGUACAAAAGGUCCUGAGGUAUGGUGUCGAAACGUGCAAACUGCAUCUCAUUGCAAUGCAAUUAAACAUUGUCGACAGACUGUCUGGAACAAGCCCACAGUGAAAAGCAUCCCUUGUGAUUUGUGUAAAGAAAUCGUAGCUGUAGCUGGAAAGGUCUUGAAAGACAAUGCUACUGAGGAUGAAAUCUAUGCCUACUUGACAAAGGCCUGCGAUUUCCUUCCUGAUCCAGGCCUUGUAUCUCAGUGCAAGGAAAUGGUGGAAGCUUACUUGCCAAACAUUCUGGAUAUGCUCAAGGAGGAGCUUGAUAAUCCUGAAGUUGUAUGCAGUUCACUGACAUUGUGUCAGUCUCUUCAGAAGCACUUGGCCGAAAUAAAACUGCAGAAACAGCUUCAGACUAACAAGAUCCCUGAACUAGACUUCUCUGAACUGGCGUCUCCUUUCAUGGCUAAUGUGCCACUUCUCCUUUACCCCCAGGACAAACCUAAGCAAAAAUCUCAGGGAGGUGGGGAUGUAUGCAAAGAUUGUGUUCAGUUAAUAACUGACAUUCAGGAAGCUGUGAAAAGCAAUGCAACAUUUGUGAAUUCUCUGAUUGAACAUGCCGUGGAGGAGUGUGACCGCUUGGGCCCAGCCUUUGUAGAUACGUGCAAGUCCUACGUCUCCCAGUAUUCAGAUUUGGCUAUCCAGAUGAUGAUGCAUAUGCAACCACAGGAUAUUUGCCAGAUGAUUGGAUUCUGUUCUUCUGUGAAAUCUGUGCCUCUCCAAACUCUGGUGCCCGCAAAAGCCAUCUCUCCAGCAAAGGUAGAACCAGUUGAGACCAGCCUGAGUCAAAGGGAAACUUUCUCUCUGUGUGAAGCAUGCACAAUUAUGGUGGAAGAAGUGACCAGUCUUCUGGAAAGCAAUAAGACAGAGGAAGAAAUGGUAUAUGGGAUGGAGAAGGUGUGUUCUGUACUACCUCAACAAUUCCGGGAUGAGUGCCGGGACUUUGUGGAUAUCUAUGGGAAGUCUCUUAUCGACAUGCUUUUGGAAGCAACAGACCCAAAAGUUGUAUGUGAGAGGCUGGGAUGCUGUGGAAGCAAGGUUUUGCCUGCUGAAAAGCUUGUUCCAGUGAAGUCACAAGUUGGGGGUCUUUGUGACGUGUGCAAGAUGGUUGUAGCUUAUGCAGAUAAAGAGUUGGCAAAGAAUGCUACUGCUGCUGAGAUUGAAGCUUUUCUGGAAAGAGUCUGCCACUACUUGCCCGAAUCUGUCAGUGAUCAGUGCGUACAGUUUGUGGAUCAAUAUGAGCCAAUAGUUGUGCAGCUCUUGGCAGAAAUGAUGGACCCUGGUUUUGUGUGUAGUAAACUUGGCGUUUGUGAGAAAUCGACAGAGCACCUUUUGGGAUCAGAGUUAUGUGUCCGUGGACCUGGCUAUUGGUGUAAAAAUAUGGACACCGCAUUGCAGUGUAAUGCUGUUGAACACUGCAAGCAUCAUGUGUGGAACUAGAAGAAGUUUUUACUUUCGCCGACUUUCAUUUUCAUUUUUGAAGAAGCAAAAGGCAAGGAUUAGGCCAGCAAGAACUCAUUCUUGAUGUCCCGAUCUCCUCACAGCUCCAUCAUCCCCAAUCAUAUGUUUCUUUUUAUGAAUUGUUUGGUAGCCAUGCUGCUACUCAGGAAGGGAUCCACACGUCAUAUUUCUGAUUUUAGUUUUAGUUCCUUAUGGUUCAUAAGAAUGUGAGAAAUCAUCAGUGUUGGUCAAUUGGUCUGAGUGCCUCUGAGAAAUGGGGCUUAUCGACAAUGUAAGCAAAUUAAGGACAGGACUGUUGUGUCUAGAUCUUAAAUGUAGCUACUAAUUUUUAAAGGCGCUCUGACUGGUGAUUUAACUUGUUAUAAUGUGUGUCUCUCAAUACUUUUCAUUAAAACAGAUAUUGAAAUUA